AUGGCGAAUGUUGCACCACAAAAGCUUCUCCUGUUUGUGAUAUAUGUGGUCGCUAAUGGCAUCAUGAUUAUCACGGUACAUGCCGCAACCGGUAAAACCGAUGCACCAAUAUUUAUAUUUGGAGAUUCAACUGCUGAUGUUGGGACAAACAAUUUCCUGAAAACAUGCACCGCUAAGGCCGAUCACCUUUACAAUGGGGUUGAUUUUCCUUUUUCGAAAUCCACCGGAAGGUUCAGUAAUGGCAAAAACGCUGCUGAUCUAAUCGCAAGCUUAUUAGGGGGUUACAAAGUAAGCCCGCCACCUUUUCUCUCUCUUCUCGCACAUAAGCGAACGUUCAAGCGUAAUUUACUUCGUGGAGCCAACUUCGCUUCGGGAGGGUCUGGUAUUUUUAGUGCAACAGGCCAAGUAACAUUUAAUAAGGUGAUAUGCAUGGAGGAGCAAAUCCAACAAUUCGCCACAGUUCGUAGGAAUAUAACAGAAUUAUUAGGUUCACCAAAGGUUGUUGAUGAUCUACUUGAGAAAUCAAUAUACCUCAUCAGCAUCGGAAGCAAUGAUCUAGUUGAAUAUGCACUCACUCACUCACCUAGUGACUCCAAACAAUUCAUUGCCAAUCUCACUCAAGCCUAUGCAACACAUCUAACGAAUUUGUACAACUUGGGUGCAAGAAAGUUUGCAAUCAUUGGAAUUCCACCGAUUGGGUGCUGCCCAGCUGCACGCGUGUUUAACGAUACCGGUGGUUGUGUAGAGGUUCUGAAUGAUGGCGCAAGAUUGUUUUACAAGUCAAUGCAAUCUCUGUUUAGAGAGUUCAGUUUGUUGUUUAAAGGAUUCAAGUAUUCACUCGGGAAUACCUAUGCCAUGACCAUGAAUGUUAUUGACAACCCACGCGGAAACGGGUUUAAAGAAGUGAUAGCAGCAUGUUGUGGAAACGGGACAACUGAUUGUGUAGUAGGCGUGAAUCUUUGUGCGAAUAGGGGCGAUUUCUUGUUCUGGGAUAAAUUUCAUCCAACCUAGAAGGCUUCCAAACUAGCAGCGUUAACUCUUGUUUUCGGUGAAGGGGACGAGUAUGUGACACCGAUGAAUUUUAGUAGUUUGGCCAUGAUUGGUAACCUCUAGUUUCCAUC